AUGGUGAGACAGGAUUGUCGCGUGCAUAUACAUACCGCAAGUGCUAACGACAAGAAGACUUCAGAAGUCAAAGCAUCUGUAUUGCAUGGCGUAAAGGACUUAAAGAUAGAGUCUCGACAGCUGGAGUCCCCAAAACCAACAGAAGUACAGAUUGCAGUUCAAGCUACUGGACUCUGUGGUUCUGAUCUGCAUUAUUUCAACCACUACCGCAACGGAGACAUUAUAGUCAGAGAACCCUUAACCCUCGGCCAUGAAUCUUCUGGUAUUGUCACCGAAGUUGGCUCUUCAGUUAAAGACCUCCAGGUUGGAGAUAAAGUCGCCCUGGAAGUUGGACUGCCUUGUCUGGGAUGCAAUCUGUGUAAGGAAGGCCGUUACAACAUCUGCAAAGAUCUGCGAUUCAGAAGCUCUGCCAAGUCGUUCCCACACUUUCAGGGGACUCUACAAGAAAGAAUCAACCACCCAGCAGUUUAUUGUCACAAGCAAGUCCUCCCUACUUCUACAAUCGGAGCAAUUCUUGAGCCCCUCGGAGUUGCUAUCCACGGUUCUCGACGUGCUGGUUUGAAGCCGGGAAGUACAGUUCUCGUGUUUGGUGCCGGUGCGGUUGGUCUGCUCUGUGCUGCUAUGUGCAAGGUCUCCGGCGCCAAACAAGUGAUUAUUGCAGACAUCCAAUCCGAUCGAGUAGACUUCGCAGUCAAGAAUAAAUUUGCAGAUGCGCAAAUCGUCGUCCCAAUGAAGCGUCCACAGGCAAUCGAAGAAAAGCUUGCCUUCGCAAAGGAAGUCGCGGAAAUCGUCAAGUCGAAAUCUGAUAUAGGCGAUGUAGAUGCUGUAUUCGAGUGUACGGGUGUUGAGUCUUGCUUGCAAGCUGCCAUAUAUUCAACCCGCCCAGGUGGCCGCAUUAUGCUCAUCGGCAUGGGAAGUCCUAUCCAAACACUUCCAAUAUCAGCUGCAGCACUUAGAGAAGUUGAUCUCGUCGGAGUAUUUCGCUAUGCGGAUACUUACAAGGAAGCUAUCAAGCUUGUAUCCAGUGGCAAUCCUCUCCUUCCCGAUCUUUCCAAGCUCAUUACCCAGAGAUUUAAGGGGUUCGAUAAGAUCCCAGGCGCGUUCGAUAUGGCUGGCCGAGUAAAGGAUGACGAUGGUAAUCUUGUGCUAAAGGUGCUUGUUGAUACUGAGCAGGCGUGA